UCUCCUCUCGGAUUCCCAAACGCCAAAUCCCAUUCCCACCUCCCCACGCACCGCGCCGCUCGCUGCCUUUCGUCAACUCCACUCCUCUUCUCCCCCGCGUACGCCUCCUCUUCGCCGCCGCCGUCGCAGCAGCAGGUAGCAGCCAUGGAUGAGGAGUACGACGUGAUCGUGCUGGGCACGGGGCUUAAGGAGUGCAUCCUCAGCGGGCUCCUCUCCGUCGACGGCCUCAAGGUGUUGCACAUGGAUAGAAAUGACUACUAUGGAGGAGAUUCCACUUCACUGAACCUUAACCAGCUGUGGAAGAGGUUUAGAGGGGAGGACAAGCCUCCGGCACAUCUUGGUGCAAGCAGAGACUACAAUGUGGACAUGGUCCCAAAGUUUAUGAUGGCAAAUGGGACACUGGUUCGAACCCUCAUCCACACCGACGUGACAAAGUACUUGUCAUUCAAAGCAGUUGAUGGGAGCUACGUUUUCAGCAAAGGGAAGAUUUACAAGGUCCCUGCAACUGAUAUGGAGGCUCUCAAGUCCCCCUUGAUGGGCCUCUUUGAGAAGCGCAGAGCAAGGAACUUUUUCAUUUAUGUCCAAGAUUACAAUGAAGCUGAUCCAAAAACCCAUCAAGGAUUGGACCUUACUAGGGUGACAACUAGGGAACUUAUAGCAAAAUAUGGUUUGAGCGAAGAUACAGUGGAUUUCAUUGGGCAUGCACUUGCUCUUCAUAGAGAUGAUCGUUAUCUUGAUGAACCGGCACUUGAUACAGUGAAAAGGAUGAAACUAUAUGCAGAGUCUCUUGCACGGUUUCAAGGAGGCUCACCGUAUAUUUAUCCACUAUACGGGCUGGGUGAGCUACCACAGGGUUUUGCACGUCUGAGUGCUGUUUAUGGUGGUACUUACAUGUUAAAUAAGCCAGAGUGCAAGGUUGAAUUUGAUAUGGAGGGGAAAGUGUGUGGUGUUACAUCUGAAGGUGAAACUGCAAAGUGCAAGAAGGUGGUCUGUGAUCCUUCGUAUUUACCCAACAAGGUUAGGAAGAUAGGUAGGGUUGUACGCGCAAUUGCUAUCAUGAGCCACCCAAUCCCUAAUACAAAUGAGUCUCAUUCAGUUCAGAUUAUUUUGCCACAGAAACAACUUGGACGCAGAUCAGACAUGUAUGUUUUCUGUUGCUCAUACACACACAAUGUUGCGCCAAGAGGAAAGUUCAUUGCAUUUGUGUCUGCAGAAGCCGAGACUGAUAAUCCCCAGUCUGAGCUAAAGCCGGGACUUGAUCUACUUGGCUCUGUAGAUGAGAUAUUUUAUGAUAUUUAUGACAGAUAUGAACCAGUGAAUGAACCAUCUCUUGAUAAUUGCUUUGUCUCAACGAGUUAUGAUGCCACCACACAUUUUGAGACAACUGUGACAGAUGUUCUUAACAUGUAUACAAUGAUCACUGGAAAGACGGUUGAUCUUAGUGUGGAUUUGAGUGCUGCCAGUGCUGCUGAAGAAUACUAGAUUUCUCAAUCAUUACCUCAUGUUCAUCAAAGAAGCGCAUCGCCGGGGACAGCACGGGGCAAGCUUUAAUGAAUCGCUAGUCUAAGUUUCUUCCAGACCAGAUUACAUCAUGUGUUCUACUGUUCUACCCAAUGCCUACUGGAUACUCUUUGCUAGCAGUAUUAUGCAAAAUUAUUGUCUCAAGCUGAUGCAUGGUGGUGGUUUAAUUUAUUUACUAAAGUUGAUCGAAUGGUGUAAAGCCUUAAACAGUGAAUGCAGUGACAGUGACUACCAUCAUGGCUUUAUGUGAUGUAUAAUAUUUAGUAAAUUUGGAUGUCUAAAUAUUUAUGCUGUCGUCUUCUGCUUGAUGUUA